CCACAGCUCAGGGUGAAGUAGGAAGUGAAGUCGCUGAGUCAGGUCAGGAAAACAGGUGGAUCAACAUGAGCACGCUUUCAGGAUUCAACCUUGAGGACAUGGUUAAUGUUACACCACCGAAAACAGGUGAAGAACCACAGGAGCCCAAAAUGGAACAACUGAUGAGUAAACUCAGGCGGCUCCAACAAGGUAAACGGAUUCUGGAAGAAGAACUCAAGGAGCUGAAAUCAGUCUGUGACUCAUUGCAGACAGAACUGGCUACUUUGCAAACUGAAGCUUACCAACUGGAGGGAAUCCAUAAAGAAAAAGAAGAGUUGUGCAGGAAGCUGCAGUUCCAGUGUGAGGAGUCGGAGCAGGACUCCGUCAGACAGUUAAAUCAGAACAAGAAAAGUGAGGAACUGCUGGAACAGUACAGAUGUGAAAUCCAGGAAUUCAAACUUAAACUCCGGAAGCAGCGGAUGAAGUUUGAGAAGCAACUUCAUCAGCUGAUAGAGCAGCAUAAGAAUCUGCACUCUAUCUUUUCUCCAGAAAGGCUCCCAGAUGAAAUACAGAGUAUCGAGAGCACAAAAAGUCAACUGAUAUCAGCUGAGCAGCUGAAGUUGGCUCAGCUGUUCCACCUCGAGGAGGAGCUUGAGGAUGUGAGGAAACAGAAGCAGUUAGGAGCAACAGCUGCAGUGGCUGUGGAGCAGUAAGACUACAUGUGCACUGGUGCAUUUAGUGAAUCAGAGGGAAUGGUGACUUGUUGUAUCCCCACUGAAAACUGUAGGAUUUAUACCACUGACCUCCAAUUAACAUGUUUACCUACUUAACUCUAUUUAUUCCUGUGACGUUAGAAUAGUAGUUACUGCUUUUAUAUCAACAGUUCUGUAAAGCAUGUGCUUGUUUUUAGAUCCAGUUUGUUGUUUGAAUAUAUUAGAAUUUCAUGUGUUAAUGGAUUUUAUAACGGGAAAUAUUACAUUCUGUGACCAGUCAGUAGUUCUUCCAGGUAGAUAUAUGCCAGUAGUUGUAUCCUGGUAUUGAUAGAAUACACAGGUGUUCAUAUAUAUAAAAAAACAAUUUUUAAGUGUUGAGGCAUUUUUGUUAAAAUCGCCUUAUUUAAUGUAUCUUAUAAACAACAGUGAAGCCAUUCAAUACAACACACUUGCCUACUGUGCACAAGUGUACUAAGCCACAUUCAAUUUCAGUUUAGACAGAUUUAAAAAGAUUUAAUAAAACACUUUUUGCAGUAUUUCAAAUACAAUGUAAUACUCUCUGAGGUUUUAAAAACACAUUUACCCUGUACAAUUGAUUUCCCUUAAUGAAUUACUUUUUACAGCCAAGACCACAUGCUUACAGUUCAAAACUGACAUAAGGCACAUUGAUAGUUACAGCAAUGGUGAUCUUAAUCAAGUUUGUUAUUCAUAAUAUCCACAAGCUCUUUUUAUAUAAAUACUGCAUGUACAAUAUAAUCCUGCAUGGAAAAUAAUGUACCCCCUGAAGUGUUAAUAUAGAAAUAGAUCCUCCUAGCUUCUGAUUUACAGUAGAGAAACACGCCGCAACAUGGUUCGAUGAGCUGUUGGGCCGCCUGGGAACUGCACCAUAGUAAAAGUAAAUCUUUGGUUUAACAGUGUGACCAACAAAGGAGUUAAAAGUCCUGUGCAGGGCGUAGUUCUGAGAAGCUGAACGUCUUAUGUAAGGAGGCAUGGCCCUGUUCCAGUAUGCAAAUGUACCUGGACUUUUAUUCUUCCUUUCCUAAGAGAUGAUGACCAACUCUAAAGUCCAGGAAAGAAAGAUAAGCAGGGGCACAGCAUUGAAAAAUGUAAAAAUUUUCUUCUUUUUUUGUACACAGAUUCAUGUCACAGAUAAGUACUCAAUAUUUUUAUUUACAUUGCAUGAGACAAAGACUGGUACACAAACAUUAUUUUAACCCCCCUCCCUCGAUGCAAGCUCUGAGGCUCCCUCUCUAAAUGGUUACUUGACACUUUGGACCCUGAGAAGUGGGUCCACGCCUUAAUAGAAAGGUACACAACGCACUCUUGAGAGGAGAAGGUUCAUCAGAGGCUUUCAAUCAAAAACGACUACUGCUGCUGCCUCAGCAUUGGAUUUACACAUUAGAAACACAUUUUCUCCAUUUCUGCUUUGGUCUCACACUUUAUAAUUCCACAUACUUGCCCUUAAAUGUUCACCCUUCAUCAACUCUUACUGAAUUUGUCUUCAUACCCUGUUCUUUACUUUCUUGGCUGGGUUAAAAAUGGUAAUAGCCCCCGUUGGGUUAUUGGCACAUGGUGAAUCCAGUCUCUUACAUUCAGGUUCAAACAAGUCCCAGUUACGCUUACACAUACAGAAACACACAACACUGGGGCCGCACUUUUGCAGUGAUUUGCUGAUGUUUUUUGACUGACGAGUAUCUAUUUUCUUUUCCAGGGUACAAUAUGUACUAUCUUUCCCUCACCCUCUGACUCCCUCUGUCACGUUCAUACAAGCUCAGUUACAUGUAAAAUGCCCAACCUUUUUCCUGGUAGAUGCAACAUCAGCCCGUGCAGCCAGUAUGAAAGUGGAGUGGCUCGUCUCUCUCUCUCUCUCACCAUAUAAGGUUGAAGUCGUACCCAGUCUUGGCAAAUGGGCACAUUCCAAACUCAAUGACUUUAGUUUGUUUUCAGCAUUUUUGUACAUGCGUGUAGUCUUUUCAAGUUUUACUACUCAAUGUGAAAAUCCAGGAGAGGCUGCAGUGUUGAGCCACAGAGGUACUUUGAUAGUGUCGCUGGCACAAAUGGACAAUGGGUCUUUUUGAUCAUCGUGCAUAAAUAGUUUCCAUUUAAAAGGGCCGCUCCUCCAUCUUUCGUUAACCCAGG